AGUACCUGUACAAGUAUCAACUUUUCAUCUCCUUGCAGAUCUGUAAAUUUGCAGAAGAUUGACAUUGAGAAGCAAGUAGUUGACCCGCAGAUACAAUCCUUUCCUAUGAGAGAUUUAUUCCCUGCAGCCAAGUAGCAAUAAAAAAACACUUCAAAAUCAUGGCAGUGCAACCUCAAAUGGAUGCAAAGCAGUUGAAGGAAUUUCUCCACUCCUACAACAAGCUGACAGAAGCAUGCUUCCUGGAUUGCAUCAAUGACUUCACUAAUAGAAAGCUACAUGAUAAUGAGAAACACUGUUCAUUUAACUGCAUGGAGAAGUACCUUAAGAUGACGCAGAGAGUUUCCUUGAGAUUUCAAGAGUACCAGGUCCAACAGAAUGAAGGUCUUAUAGCCCAACAAGCAAAGUUUGGUGGUAGAUAGUAAAGGAUAUAAACUAUAAAAUACAAAUCAAAUUGACUGUUGCCAGCAUUUAAUAGUCAAAUCCAGCUUCGGCCAGAUUUUAGCGGCCUCAUUACAAACUGUUUCAAGUGGCUUUGUGACUCUGAACUACUGGCCUCAGCUCUGAAAUUAACGAGUAUUGUUGAAUAUAAUGUAACUAUUAGAGGACUACCGACACCAUUCAAUGCAACCAGCUUGGAUACUCCUGUCAGUGUUGCUUCUUUGUGGUGCUUUUUUAGGAUCAUCUUUGGGGUGUUGCAAGAAACUUGAUUGCAACCGAUUGCAAAUUUCAAUUGCGAAUUUGUGAUGAACAGAUCACUGAACUAUAUCGACUCGAUUUAUAGACUUUUCUGCAAGAGAAGACGAACAAAACAAUAAAAAAUUUACAAACAUUUCCAAGACAAUUUAUGAUUGAUUUGGGGACCAAAAAUUUAUUUAGUAAUCGAUUGCAAAUUUCUUGCAAUGCCCCCUUAGUUUGAACUGCAUUAAUACAAAUAUACUCAUCCCAUUGGUCUGAUGGUUGCUCAGAUUUUACCUGGCCAUACAUGACUAUGUACAUGUAGCUACCAUAUUUGAUCUUUCUUUGGUACAAAGAUGAAGGGGGUAUUCUGAUCAUUCAAUUUAUUUGUAAAGUUGGAACACAAAUCCAAAAGGUGUUAACCACUCCACAAUCAUACCUCAACUGCAAAGAAUUCUUUUACUCCCCUAGUGCAUACAUGAAUCUUUCAUUCUUAUCCCGGUUGCAAAUGAAGCCCUUUCUAUAUUUUGGCUGUUUUUUGUGCUGAAAAGGAGUCCCUUUUGCAUCACUUAAAAUUUUGUAUAUUUAAUUCAUUUCAAAAUAAAUAUGGUUUCUUUAACCCAUUCUGAAUAUAGCUACAAUAAUGCUUAUGUGAUAUAUCACUAAUUGUUUGGUGUUUAAUCUGCUUUUCUUAUGUGAUUUUCAAUGUCUUCCUGUCUUUUCUUAAUUGACAGACAUGUACUUAUUUUCACUAUUGAGAGUAGACUACAUCCCCACCCAAGUUGUAAAGUUUUAUUAUUAACCGUAUCAGACAUCUGAGCAGGGCAAAUUUAUUACAUUAUUGCUGCUUAAGACUGGGAUCAAGUGGUCGGUCAAUAAAUUUCCAUUUGUUUAACCACGGACAAAUUGCCAUAAAAUGAUAACUACCAUGGUAACGGCUCUCAACAGCCAAUCAAAAUCAAUCAAGAAUUCCAUGCAAGUUACCAUUGGAUGGCAAAUUGUCCAUAUUAAGUAACCUUUGUGGAACAGAGCUCAGGGCCCUGUCUUACAAUGAGUUGUGAUUGAUCCGAUCGUUCACAACUAUGGAAAGCCAGCACCGUCAACAUCUGAAAUGCCUGUUUAUUCAAAUUAUUUUCUAGAUAUGUCAUAUAUUCAUCAUUUUCAGUGUGCUUCUCUUUGUUCACAAAGUACAUUGUGUAAAUUUUCUGUAGAAAAAAUUAUGACAUUGAUGAAUUUCGAUAUAGUUGACAUUGAUUAGAUCAAUCGUAACUCUUUGUAAGAUGGGGCCCUGAUGUUGUGGGUCUGUUAGGUCAGUGUUAUUGUCUUGCCUAUGCUCAAAACUCAAAUGACUCAAAGAAAUGAGAGUAUAUUCAAAGUAGAAUCUGUGCCAUUCUAUAUAUUUGUACGGCAUUCACUAUAUGUUGUGAUCGCAUUCCAUAAAUUAUCAGAAUGACAAGCAAUCUACUGGUAGGUCAGUCAAUAUCAAGAGAUUGGCUAGGACCCUGUCUUAUAAGGAGUUGCGAUAGAUUAAACUAAAAAUUGUAAUUGAUAUAAAAUUCCUAUCUCUUAACUCUUUGUAACAUGGGGCCCCUGGUCAAGAGUAACGAUAGAUUCAAAUCAAACUUAACAUUGUAUUUGAUAUAAAAUGAAUUCCUAUCCGUUAUCUACACAAAUUCAAAUCAAUUGCAAUUUGAGUUUGUUUUUAAUCUUUCACAUCUCUUUGUGAGAUGGUGCCCCUAGUCAACAUAAAUUGUAUUCUUGCUGUAUUCUGUCACCAAAAUUUUGAAAUAGAAUCAGUUUAGGCUGGUUCUGCUUGAUUCCUGGUGAUUUUAAAAGUGUGAAAGUGGCUUUUAGUCCAGACACUGAUAUAUUACUAGUGAGAGAAUUAUAUGAUGCAGCAGGUGUUAUAUGACAUGUAAUGCAUCCCUGCUAAUGAAUGGACUGGAAGUGAGCAGUCAUUAAAAGUGGGGUGUAUUAAAGAAACUUUAUUGGCUGGAUUGUUAGGUUUCUAUGCAUCCAAGGAAAAUAACACUCUCGAACGGGUUUUCUACAUGCAUUUGGAAAGUACUUCAUUCCUAGUUUGCUAUUUUGUGGAUGGAUUUGUAGAUGUCAUUUUCUUUGUUUACAUUGACUAUUUUAAGUUUAAAUUCUUCUGAUAGGUAUUUUCAGUCUACUGUUUGCAAACUGGCCUCAGUGGUGCCCAAAAGUUAGUGAACCCUUCCUUAAAAUGAACAUGUUUAAAGUGUUCAAGUUCUGCCAUGUUUUAGCGAUUUAACAGUGAAGUCAGGUGAUCAAAUAUUUCAUUUGAUAGUUUGUUUCUCUGGGCUUGCUGAACAUUGAAGUGUUGUUGUCUACAUUCAACACUAAGCAUGGGGAGUAGUGAGGUUCACUAUUUUUUAGCACAACUGUACAUUAUCAACAUACUUGAUGGUUUAUUAAUUUCUUUGAAGUUUUCAGAACUCAAUUUGUAUGAUAUGGUCAAGCCUGAUUUUCAUAAGUUUAUGUUCUCUAUUUAUUUGUCUCAUCCCAUUUAUCUUGCCCAUAAUGAUUUUGGAUGGACUUCCAGUUGUAGAGCUAAAAAUUGAAACCAUAUUGCUUAGUACCCAAUCUGUAAUCAUUUGGACUACUUAUUACAAUUACAUAACAUUACCAGUAAUAUUAGUCAGUUUUUUCCACAGAGUUUAAAUAAGAUAUUAUCCAGCAUCUCAGGUGGGGAUGCACACAUUUUCUAACAAGCAAAAUAGAAAAACAUAAAUAAAUUUAAAAAAAAUUUAAAUAGAAAAAAGGCCUAAGGCAUUUUUUAGUAGUAUGAGAAUUGAUGCUUUGGAUAUUGAGCAUCUCUGUCUAUUAGAAUGAAAAUGUCUGAAUUUAACUAUUCAAAAUAGUUGGCAAUUGCAGUAGAAUUCAUUCAGAAAGAGCUAUACUGUAAAGCCAGGGUUACACCAAAACCGAAUCCUUCCUGAAUUUUCUCAAAUUCGAGGAGGGAGAACAGAAUACUCCCGAAACCACCCGAAUAUAUGUAUUCAGAUGGAUUUGCAGGUGAAUCGGUUCCGGUGUAACUUGGCCUUGAAUAAAGAAGAAAUUGUCAUAUUUUGGGGAUAGUACUUGUUUCAAAAUGUUGUCAAAUGUAGUAACAAUAAGAUCGUUUAAGCAACAUACAUACAAAAUGCAGUAGAAAGUUACAAAACUGAUGGAGUGAAUGCUCAUUUGAAUCAUAUUUCUGAAAAGUCACGAGUGGUGAGUUGAAUACUGAAAGAUCUCUCAUGGAAGUCGGACAAUAUGAGACUGGUUUUCGUCAACUUCAGAGCAAUUUUCUGGUUGCUAUCAUUUCCAAAACCCUUUUCUUCAAUCAUGAAAUAUACAUGUAUGUACAUGUAGUAGCUCUUAUAUACAGUAUUGUAUUUGAUGGAUUGGACAAAUGAUAGCUGAAGAGCAAUUUCUUCACUGCUACUGUUAAAUCAUUAAAUGAUGUUUGUGAAAUGCAGUAAGAGCAGGUGCCAAACUUUCAUUGUUGAGGUCUUAAACUAACAUCAAUUGUAUUGUAUGAAACAAUAUUUGCAUUAAAGUAAUUUGACAUUUUACAAUGCAGUGUAUGAUUUGUAAGAUGGAGUAUCGUAUUACCUGUCUUUUCAAGUUUGUUGUUUCAUACAAAUACUCAACUUUUAUUUUAUGAGAUACAGAUCUUAUUGAAUGCUCAAUUUUUUUAUGAAUAAUAAAGAUAUGAAUUUAAA